ACGUGAUCUGUCACAUGACUUCUACUGUAAAUCGGAACUUUAAGAUGGCUGUACACCUAUCGUGCGGCCGAGUAAAUCUCAAUGUAUUGAGGGAGGCAGUGCGUAAGGAGCUGAGGGAGUUUUUGGAUAAAUGUGCUGGGAGCAAGGCAAUUGUAUGGGAUGAAUAUCUAACUGGUCCAUUUGGAUUAAUUGCUCAGUAUUCACUAUUAAAGGAACAUGAAGUUGAAAAAAUGUUUACUCUUAAAGCAGGACCACUUCCUACUGCUGAAGUAAAAAAUAUUAUAUUUCUGGUCAGGCCAAGACUUGAACUAAUGGAUAUAAUUGCAGAUAACAUACGAAGAGAAGACAAGGUGCGUUUUCCACAACGAGAUUUCCAUAUCUUAUUUGUACCUCGUCGAAGCUUGCUAUGUGAGCAGAGGCUUAAGGACCUUGGUGUUCUGAGAUCAUUCAGUCACCGAGAAGAGUACAGUCUUGACCUGAUUCCAUUUGAUGGAGAUCUAUUGUCUAUGGAGGCUGAAAGUGCAUUCAGGGAAUGUUACCUGGAAAACGAUGAAACCAGCCUUUACCAUGCAGCUAAGGGGCUUAUGGCCUUGCAGUCUUUGUAUGGAACAAUUCCCCAGAUAUUUGGAAAAGGAGAGUGUGCUAGGCAUGUUGCAAACAUGAUGAUCAGGAUGAAGAGGGAGCUGGGUGGGAGCCAAAAUUGUAUUUGUCCUGUGUUUGACACUCUUCUGCUGCUUGAUCGAAAUGUGGACCUGUUAACUCCAUUAGCGACUCAGCUCACAUAUGAAGGCCUUAUUGACGAAGUCUAUGGAAUUCACAAUAGUCACGUAAAACUUCCACCAGAAAAAUUUACAGCAAAAAAGCAGGGUGAGAGCGGAAAAGAUCUUCCCACAGAACCAAAGAAACUUCUACUAAAUUCUGCAGAGGAGCUAUAUGCAGAAAUUCGAGACAGAAACUUUAAUGCUGUGGGCUGUGUGUUGAGCAAGAAGGCCAAAGUAAUAUCUGCAGCAUUUGAGGAAAGACACAAUGCAAAGACAGUGGGAGAAAUAAAACAGUUUGUGUCCCAAUUACCCCAUAUGCAAGCAGAACGAGCUUCCUUGGCAAACCACACAUCCAUUGCUGAACUGAUCAAGGAUAUAACAACUUCCGAAGCUUUCUUUGAUAAUCUAACAGUGGAACAAGAAUUUAUGUCUGGGUUUGACACUGAUAAGGUUAAUACUUACAUAGAAGACUGCAUUGCCAAGAAGGAUCCGCUGAUAAAGAUCCUACGACUAGUUUGUCUUCAGUCUGUGUGUAACACUGGGCUAAAACCGAAGGUGCUAGAUUACUACAAGAAAGAGAUUCUACAAACCUAUGGUUAUGAGCACAUCUUGACAUUGCAUAAUCUAGAAAAAGCUGGACUUUUAAAACCUCAGACCACCAGCAGAAAUAAUUACCCAACAAUCAGGAAGACACUUCGCCUUUGGAGUGAUGAUAUAAAUGAGCAGAAUCCCACAGACAUCUCUUAUGUAUACAGCGGCUAUGCGCCUCUUAGUGUACGUCUGGCACAAGUGCUAGUUCGGCCAGGGUGGAGAAGUAUAGAAGAAGUGCUGAAGCUCCUACCUGGGCCCCAGUUUGAAGAGAGGCAACCCCUACCUUUAGGGCUACUAAAAAAACGCCAGCAAGAAGAAAAAAAGGUAAUGCUGAUAUUUUUCCUUGGAGGAGUGACGUUUGCAGAGAUUGCUGCACUUCGCUUUCUCUCUCAGAUGGAAGAGGCGACCACAGAAUAUAUUAUUGCCACCACCAAGCUGAUUAAUGGAACAACCUGGAUGAAAUCCCUAAUGGAGAAGCUGGAGCCACCCCCGUUUUAAAGUUCUAGCGAAUGCAACUUAUAAGACUUUUGCUCCUAUCUAGAUUCCGCUAAAGAUAUGAACUAUUUGUUGCUGUUGCCAACAACACCAUUAGACACUGCAAUUUCUCAAAUCCUGGGCCUAAUUUAAUAAAUACCACAGUCAAUGAUAAAAAAUACAGUAUUACACUUUGUGCAGCAUAUUUGUAGUCUUAAUUUAAACCCUUUUAAUUGGAAGUAAAAAAACACCUAAUAAAGGUGUUCAUUCUCAAA